AUGGCGCACCACGAGGAGGAACACCACUACCAUCCCCAGGAUGCUAUCUCAGCAGCCACUAAGGCCACAGCCCUAACUGGUGCUGUUGGUCUUUUUGGAUCCGCUGUCCAGAACACCCUGGCCCGUCGCAAUGUUGGAUCCAUGGGCAUCUUCAUGCGCACUGGAGGUACCAUCGGUAUCUUCGCUGCCAUGGGUGGAACCUACGAAUUCGUGAAGGUCGCCUCGGCCAACCUCCGUGAAGUGGAGGAUACCUGGAACACCGCCCUGGGUGGCUUCUUCUCUGGUUCUAUCUUAGGUCUGCGAGCGCGCGCUUUCCCCCGCGUUCUCGGCUACGGUGUCGCUCUCUCCACCCUCCUUGUCGCUUUCGAGUACACCAAUGGCCUGUACGGAUACCAGAAGGACCGCACAGAAGAUGAGUUUGAGCGUCGACAGAAGCUGCGCAAGAACUACCAGACACCGGCUGGACAGACCUUUGCCGAGCUUGGUGAGGGACGUGGUAUUUACGGACCCAACUACGAGGAGCGUCGCGCUGAGCGCAUCAAGGAGGCAUAUGGCAUUGACGUUCCCACAGGGAAGGUGCCUGCAUCAUAA